AGAUUGGUAAACACCGUGGUUUUGCUGUCUAACCUCACAAAUUUUCAAAGUAAAUUUGAAAAUUGAAACUCAAAUAAACUUUUGCGACUCAUUUUUCCAUUCAAUUGCACUCAAAAUGUCUACAAUGCCAGUUUCCUCCACAACUUUACUACCUUUAGAACUCGUAGACAAAUGUAUAGGUUCACGAAUUCAUAUUAUUAUGAAAAAUGAUAAAGAAAUGGUAGGAACACUAGCUGGUUUCGAUGAUUUUGUCAACAUGUUAUUGGAAGAUGUAACAGAAUAUGAGUCAACACCUGAAGGGCGAAGAAUUACAAAACUAGACCAAAUAUUAUUGAACGGAAAUAAUAUUACCAUGUUGGUCCCAGGGGGAGAAAUGCCUGAGUGAAAUAUGGAACCAAAUAAUAAAUAAUUUCUUUUACUUUUGAUGUAAGACUUCUUUAUUGAAUAAGUGUUAUAUGAUUUCAAAUUGGCAUUUUCUACAAAAAUAAAUUACCUAUUUCAAAACA